AUUAUAUAAGAUUUCUAUCAGAUUUCUAUAAAUUUUUAUCAUUUUUUAUCGAAUUUUUUAACCAAGGGGCAGCGUAUAAUAGUGCAGCAGUCAAACAUGGUGAAUCCAGCAAAGUACAUUUCUUCAAAUGAGAUGCAAAAACGCGCCGUAUUGACAGUAAUAAAAGAGUUUACCAAACAUUUAAAAAGUAUAUCUGGGAUAUGUAUGGAUGUUGGUUGUGGUCCCGGAGACAUAACAAAUAAUAUCCUUCUACCAUCUCUUGAUUCAAAUUCUGUAAUAAUAGGUACUGAUAUUCGUGACCAUGAUUGAAUAUGCGAAAAAAAUGUACAAUCACAAUACACGUCUCAAAUUCGAAAUGUUGGACAUUCAAACAAAAAACUUACCUGAAAAAUAUAUUUCUAAGUUUAAUCAUAUAUUUUCAUUUUAUACUUUGCACUGGUGCUAUGAAAUCAGGAAAGUAUUUGAGAAUAUAUACUGCAUGCUUCAAUCUGGUGGAAGUAUGCUUGUACUGGUUCCAGCAUCUCAUCAUAUAAUAUUUGAAGUGCUUAAGAAUAUUGCGCAUAAUUCCCGUUUUGCGCCUUACUUACAACUUCAUGUAUGUCCGUUUGUACUUUUUUGGAUGUAAUACCGCUUGAACUACAGGAAGAAUUCGAAGUUAAAUUUCGACGUGAAUAUAAAAAUUACAAAAUUAAAUUGUACGGUAAUAAAAAUUGUAAUAUGAAAGAUCCAAUGUUAGAUGUGCACAAAUUAUUAAUAGCUUACGCACAAAAACAAUAAUUAUUAAACAAUAAUUAUAUAA